AUGCCAAGACAAGGAAAUAAUCAAGAUAACGGAAACGGAUCUAACGGUAAUGGCUCUAAUGGUGGUCCUGGUGGUGUUUCUAAGGGUGCCAGCACUACUGGAAGUUCGUCCCCAAGUGGUUCGCAGAGCGCUGCCACUCCUGCUUCCACUAGUACAAAUGCUGCCGCUUCGCUUUCUUAUGAUCAUCACUUUGGACGCGAAGUUAUUGGAAUGCUCUUUGUCACUUUCGUCACUGCUUUGGUUGCUUUCUAG